UAUUCUAUCUGCCCUCUGUAACAAACAUUUGCUUUCAGUUCUUUACGCAAGGCUAGUAAGUUUCCUUAUUCAAAGAGUAAUUGUGUCUUUUUAUUUCGGAUUCUUUAUUUGCGGGGACUUUUAAGAUCAUUUCAAUGGGAACAAACAGACAGUUGGAUAGUCUGGAAGUGUUUGUUGAAAUUUCGCAAUGGUUUCGUUAGUGUUCAAAUAGAUCAUCAAGAUUCGUUUCUCACUGAUUGCUUGCAAGGCUUUGGAAUAUAAAACACCAACAUUUCCUGUGAACAUGUCAGCUCACGGUAAACUUAGUCAUCCAAUAUCUGGGAAACACGAAAUGCUGCCAACGUGCUCAUCCGUUAAAUCAUUAGAACGUACCCUAGUGCAGAAGCCCUCACUCAUCUGUACGAGGAGGCACUGCUCCAUUACAGAAGAAGUGAUUUUCAAAGUACCUGGAAGUCUGAGAAUUCAUCCAUUUUUGUGGAGUAAAGAGGAUGUCAUCCAUUGGCUAAGAUGGGCCGAGGAAGAAUAUUCAUUGCGGAGGACUGAUGACAGCAAGUUUGUAAUGAAUGGAAGGGGCCUCUGCAUUCUUACAAAGAGUGAUUUUAAGAACCGGUCUCCAAGUUCAGGGGAUGUUUUGUAUGAAUUAUUAUCAUGCAUCAAAACACACAGAAAAUCACUGUUAAGUCACCCAUUCUUCAGGCAUUCAAUGAGACAAAUGCACCAAGAGAAAAUAAAUGUGUGCAUUAAUAGCAGCGCAGCAACAAGUCAUACGAGCGAUAUAACUACAAUGUUAUCAUCAAUCAGUGAUAUAAAUCACUAUCAAGAUGGACCUCUUAACCUAUCAAACAGAGUAAGCAAAGACCAGGAUGAAGAAAUUGUAUGCUACAUGGAAAAUGUGAAUCAAUACAAUGGCUCAAAACCAGGUUUCUGAAGUCACCAGGGGAAAUAUUAGAAUUGAAAUCAGAAAACUUGCUCCUUCUCGAAUCUCAAGAUCAGAACGCACCUGACUCUAUUGGUGAUGGGAUUGAAACUCUAAGCCAAGACUUUUAAAGAACUAACCAUGUUAUGGUUUAUAUAUGAACAUGGCUCUUUAAAGCAUGAAAUAUGCAAAGAACAGCUCAAGAGAUGAUAUUUUAAAAAUAUUUUUAUUUACAAUAUGUACUAAGAGAGAAAAAUGUCUCAGGUAUCGGGGAAAAAUACCUGCCAGAUUUGCAGAUAGAUUUUUACACUAACUGUCAUAUUAAAAUAACAAAUUGUAUAGGAUUUUUUUUUUAAAUCUGUGAUUUGUGAGAAUGGAUCCAUCUGUUCAAUACUAUAUAACGUCCUUAGAAAACCAACAGAGAGAGGAGUUCACUGGAAACUAUUAUAGGGCUCAUUCCCUUAAGGUUUUCAGAACGCAAGUAGAGCAAACAUCAUGGCAAGUGCAUGAUAUUGUGUAUAGUUGCUGCUGGGAGAUACAGAGGAAGUUAUGAAAUGUACUUAUUUUAUCCAUUAUAGAGGUACCGGAAUGCAAAAUGUAGAUGAUGAAGAAAGAUACAUUCGAAAAAAAAAAUGAGAAUAUGGCCAACUUAAUGGACCAUA